AUUGUUAUAAACAGAGUGUAAUUACACGUGUAGGGGCUUUUUAAGAAAAUGAUAAAACAACUUUUGAAAAUAGACGCCGGUAGCUAAACGCUGUUUACAGUUAACAGUAUUUUCUUUAUUUAUUUUGCUCAGGGGUGUAAAUUACAUAAAUAAUUCUUGAAAUGGAAAUUGGAUACCUGCAGGAAAUAAAAUUAAUACUAAAAUCACUUGUAUUGUCGUGCCCUGAUGUGAUUACUAUCGACGCACUUAAUCGAGACUUUCGCAGUACCGAGGGAUCCUCAAUACCAUAUAAAAAACUUGGCUUUCAAACGUUGGAGUUGUUCCUUCGUUCCAUUUCUGAUACUAUUGAAAUUUGUGGAAGUGGCCCUUCAGCUACAGUUAGUAUUGUUCAUAAUGAAAAAUCGGAUCACAUUCGCAAGAUGGUGUGUCAGCAGAAGAAGACAAGAGCUCGACCGCGAGCUAAACCACCACGUCUACGCAUUCCCCGAAAUGAUUUUAAUAAUUCCAAAAUUUCACAUUCUGCAGGACAGAAAUCGGUUUCUAAUCAAUUUACGAGUGACAAUCUUCCCACCAGUAAUAUACGCUUCAGCCAUUCAGUGACUAGGAGUACUCCUCGAAAUACGGUAAUAAAAUGCCAGGCACUCGAAUUACCUGAGGGAUUUGCUGUUAAUCGUUUUGCGAAUGAAAUGCAAAACUUGAAUGGAAUGAGGAAGGAGAAUUUGGGUUCGCCGCUACCUUCAAAUCCUCCAAAAGAGCAAAGACAUACUAUAAAAGCUGAAAAAUUAACCCCGCAAGUAUGUCAAAUACCGAGGGCGCACUCACAUAAGCUGGUGGAACAAACACAGGGCAACAUAGCGAAUCCGCCAGCAACCGAAACUGACAGCUUUGAGAGACUUUUUGAACAGUGUAAAAUUAACGAUGAUAAUCAUACUUCGGGUCCUUUAAGAGAACUAAAUAUAGAAAUUGAAAAACCAAACUUACCGACCAUUCAUUUUCCACAAAAAGUGCAUACGAAAAUGUUAACAAAUAAUACGGUAACGAGAAGCUACGCUUGUACAACUCAGAACGUCUUCGAUUUAAACAAAUCACACGAUGAGCAAAAAAUGUUCGAUGAUAUGGAAGAAGCUGUGCCCGCGUAUGCUGCCAACAAUUUAGUAUUCCGAAUGGAUUUCCCGGAAAACACGAUGACGUUUGGCAAGAAGAUACCAGAAUAUAAGCUACCAGACAAUAUUCGAAGUGGCUCUAUAAUUGGAAUAUUUAUUUCAGAGAUUCAUAGUCCUUUUAAGUUUUGGUUUCACAUUUACAAAGAACACCAUGAAUUGGACAUGCUGAUGCUUCAAAUUGAACGCUUUUAUAUGUCGCUUGAACCUGACGAGUUUUGCAUACCACGUAUGUGUAUAUGUCCUGGCCAGGUAUGUGCCGCGCUAUAUAAGGGCCUAUGGCAUCGCGCAGAAGUCCUGUCUGCAGUUAUUGAAAACAAAACCAAGGUGCUCUUUGUAGAUUAUGGUACCGUUUCGGAAGUAUCAAUCGACAAUAUCAAAUUCUUGCUGACAGCUUUUGCAACAUUACCCAAACAAGCUAUUCGUGGGUCACUAUCACACAUUCGUCCAAAAAAUUUACACUGGUGCCAAGAAUCUAUACAUUAUUUUUUAUCCUUAUCUUGUGAAUUGAUGCUCUACGGUCAAGUCUCAGAAAUUUAUGAAGCGAAACGAAUCAUCUACAUGGUUUUAUGUGAUACUAAUGGAAGCGAGGUUGUACAGAUAAAUAGAGAGCUGGUUGAAAAUGGGUUUGCUCUCUAUGAUGAAGAAUGGCAGAAAUCUGAUAAGGGAGAGCAAAGAUUGCACCACCUACGCGAACAUUUUCCGACGUUUUCUAUGCUCGAAUUAGGCGAAUAUCCUUCGUUAGCCGAAUUGAUUGAUCUUAAAAAUAAGGGCAUUGACUAUGAAUGCAUCAUAGACCACAAUGUAUACCAUCCAGGCAGAUUGGACUUGUGUGAAAAUGUACCCGACACAAUUCGAAAGCUUCCUUUUCAAUUGUUGACGACGAAUCCUUUUCGACGAGAUAUUUAUUUGCAACUACAUCAUUUGAUCUAAAUUCGCCAAACUGUAUUUUAAGGCAAAGUUAUGUAUUCAAAAUACAUAGUGGGAUGUA